AUGGCUAGCCUAGCCCCCUCUUUCCCUUUGAGCAUGUCAACUUCUACCCCUGCAUCUACCGCUCUCUCAUCCCCGCUGUUUCCUCCAGCUCCCGCAACCAUGGCGGGGUGGAUUGGAUGGGUGUUUACCUUUGUCUUUCAGACUAUCCCAAGCGUGUUAUACUGGCUUAUUACCUUUGCAACUAUUUCGCUGCCUACAUGGCUCUUUACGCUCUUUUCCAUGAGCUUGACGUUCACCAUGAACUUCACCACCAUAAUGCUGAUUGUGCUCGUCCUUGUAUCUACUGUCAGCUGGUUCAUUCGAUAUCGAUUCCUGAACAUGUACAGCCGUCUGCCCCCAGAGCCUCAGCGCAAAGAACCCGAGAUCGACUUGUUCCCCGAUAUCCAAGAAGGCGACUCCAAACCCGGUCUUGCGAACUACCUCGAUGAAUUUCUCAGCGCGAUCAAAGUCUUCGGAUACCUGGAGCGGCCCGUGUUCCACGAGCUUACCCGGACCAUGCAAACAAGGAAGCUGAUUGCGGGAGAGACACUCAUGUUGGAAGAGGAGAAGGGAUUCUGCUUGGUCGUGGAUGGAUUGGUUCAAAUCUUUGUAAAAUCAACACGUCCAGCAAAGUCCGGUUCGCAAGAGAACCUGCACAUGGACGAUGUGACCUCGGACGAGGAGGACCACCAUGUGCAUGGCCGGCAGGGCUACCAGCUUCUUACAGAGGUCAAGAAUGGCGCUUCUAUGUCGUCCCUUUUUUCCAUUCUCCAACUUUUCACCGAAGAUAUCGAGCUCCGCAAUUCUCAAAGCCAUAACUCCAUGGUAUCGACUCCUACUCGUGGCAACACCCCCGUUCCCGAUGCCUUCCCCUUCAGCCCUACCACUGGAAUUGUCGAAAGCCCUAGGUCUAACAUGAGAGACACUGGAGAUGUGACCACUCCACUUCACAGCCCAAUUGACACACUGCCGCCAGUGCCUCCGCUGAACAUUGGCGAAAGUCAUACCAUGCCUAAGCAAACCCCCGAACAGGGCGCAAAACAAGAACAAAAAACUAAAAGGAAGCGCCGCAAGUCGGUUCACCCAGACAUUGUAGCCCGAGCUACAGUGGACACGACCAUUGCUAUCAUCCCAGCGAGCGCAUUCCGCCGGUUGACCCGAGUAUAUCCACGGGCGACAUCACAUAUCGUUCAAGUCAUUCUGACCCGUCUCCAGAGGGUCACAUUUGCUACUGCACACUCGUACCUCGGCCUGACCUCAGAUGUCCUGGACAUUGAACGGCAAAUGUCCAAAUUUACCACUUGGGACCUUCCCAAUAACCUCCGGGGAGGUGCUCUGGCUCGACUGAAGGACAAGUUCACUAGAGAACGGGAUAGAUUAGGGCCCGAGGAAGUUGGCAAAGGCAUCGCUCUCCACAACCCAUAUGUUGGCCGCAGACGUUCAAGCAGCACUCUCAGAAAAGAGGCCGUCUUACAUGCCAAGGUUGCCAGUGAACGUCCUGUUGCGUCCUUGACACCAAUCAGAUCACCGCCAGCAUUUUCUGAUAGGGACUCUGGGGGUGUGAGCCCUGGAGAUCUUCUAUCGACGAUUCAGCUUUCUCGAUUCGGUCCGCGAUAUGACCAUUUGGCACCGCGUAUCCAAACCCCUCUAACGGAGAGAGAAGAGCCUCAAUUUCUACCCGGUCCUACACGCCCUUCAACGUUCCAGCGCAAGGAGUCAAUUGACGAAGACGGAUUGUUCCGAGAAUCAAUUUUGGAUUGCAUGAUGAAGGGCAUUGGUCUCACGGAAAAUACUCGUGAUACCUUGCGCAAAGGUACACACUCCGGUGAUGCGUCGCCCAGACUUCUGUCGUAUGACUCUCGCCGCCAAAAAGCUGUGUUUUCGAAUGCCUUUGGCUUCAUUGAUCCCUAUGAAGCGUCCGGAGAUGGCGAGACUGAAUCAAUGAUGUCCAUGUCCGUCACAAGCGCGGGAGGUACAUCGCCCGUCAUUAACCUUCGGGAGGAGCUCCGUCAUGACAUCGAGGUUGUGUACUUCCCACAAGGCUCAGUUCUGGUUGAGCAGGGUGAACGUCACCCUGGUCUAUACUACGUGAUUGAUGGUUUCUUGGAUGUAGGUAUUCCUGCCAACGAGCGCGACGAUGACCUUAUCGGUACCUCCCACAGGCAUUCCUCUCAGGCGCAAGAAGAGCUAUUUCCAAACCUGAGACGCACUACCACAGGAUCUUCGCGAACAUCCGGUGUAGCAGGCGGCAAUGACUCUAAACGCAAGGGACAGUCUCGGAAAUCGCUGUAUCUCAUCAAACCUGGUGGUAUGCAAGGAUAUGUUGGUGCUCUUGCAUCAUAUCGUUCAUACACCGACGUCGUAGCUAAGACAGAUGUCUAUGUUGGAUUCCUUCCCCGUACUUCACUUGAGAGGAUCGCAGACAGGCAUCCUACUGCCCUCCUGACACUGGCGAAGCGUCUUACAAGGCUCCUACCGCGCCUGUUGCUCCACAUUGACUUCGCGCUUGAGUGGGUGCAGGUCGGCGCAGGAGAGGUCAUCUACCACCAAGGGGACGAAAGUGAUGCCAUCUACCUUGUUCUGAACGGUCGUCUGAGAUCUGUCCUAGAAGGCGCAAAUGGUAAGAUGACUGUCAUUGGGGAACAUGGUCAAGGUGAGAGUGUUGGUGAGCUCGAGGUUAUGACUGAAUCCACCAGACCGUCUACCUUGCAUGCUAUUCGUGAGACCGAACUAGCCAAGUUCCCUCGAUCUCUGUUCAACAGUCUUGCCCAGGAGCAUCCAGGAAUAACAAUCCAGGUUUCCAAGCUGAUUGCUCAACGUAUGCGGGACUUGGUCGAGCACCCACUCUCUGAGAAGGGCAUUGAACAAGGACACACUAGCGGUGUUCAGACUGCAACCUCAACAAUGAACCUUCGUACAGUGGCCAUUCUUCCUGUUGUAGCCGGCGUUCCUGUGGUUGAAUUUGGACACCGUCUGCUCCAGGCCUUACAACAGGUUGGUGUUACUCGUGGCGUGACCUCUUUGAACCAAGCUGCGAUUCUGAAUCACCUUGGACGUCAUGCCUUUAGUAAAAUGGGCAAGCUCAAGCUCUCGCAAUAUCUAGCUGAUCUUGAAGAGAAGUAUGGCAUGGUGCUCUACAUUGCUGACACCAAUGUAAACGCACCAUGGACUCAGACCUGUAUCGCCCAAGCCGAUUCCAUCCUGCUGGUCGGCCUUGCAGAGUCCUCUCCUACCAUCGGCGAAUACGAACGGUUCCUCCUGGGUAUGAAGACCACUGCCCGCAAAGAACUGGUGCUUUUGCACGCCGAACGAUACUGCUCACCUGGCCUCACGCGUAAAUGGCUCAAAAAUCGCGUCUGGAUCAAUGGUGGCCAUCACCAUAUCCAACUGGCGUUCCGCUCAACCAACGAACCCUCGAACCCUCCCACCAAGAAGUUCGGCACUGUCCUCAAGCAGCGUGUACAGAUUCUACAAGCUGAGAUCCAGAAAUACACCUCUCGUCGUGCCCAGCAGACCCCGCUCUAUUCCCCGCAAACCCCAUUCAAGGGCGAUUUCCAUCGUCUGGCUCGUCGUCUGUGCGGCAAAUCUGUUGGCCUUGUGUUAGGAGGAGGAGGAGCACGUGGUAUCUCGCAAGUCGGUGUAAUCAAGGCACUCGAGGAAGCCGGAAUUCCAAUUGACAUUAUCGGUGGCACAUCUAUCGGUUCUUUUAUUGGAGCAUUGUACGCGCGUGACGCUGAUGUUGUGCCCAUGUACGGACGAGCAAAGAAGUUCUCCGGCCGCAUGGGUAGUAUGUGGCGGUUUGCACUGGACCUGACCUAUCCUACUGUGUCGUACACGACAGGGCAUGAGUUCAACCGUGGAAUCUUCAAGACAUUUGGCGAUAGCCAGAUUGAAGAUUUCUGGCUGGAAUUCUACUGCAACACAACGAACAUCAGCCGAUCUCGCAUCGAGUACCAUUCCUCCGGCUAUGUCUGGCGGUAUGUCCGGGCGUCGAUGUCACUGGCUGGUCUGAUUCCUCCAAUCUGCGACGAAGGCAGCAUGCUCCUGGACGGUGGCUACAUUGACAACCUGACUGUGGCACACAUGAAGAGUCUUGGUGCAGACGUCAUUUUCGCAGUAGAUGUCGGAUCAAUUGACGAUACCACACCCCAAGGCUAUGGAGAUUCGCUCUCCGGAUUCUGGUCAAUGCUCAACCGCUGGAACCCCUUCUCAUCACUUCCAAACCCACCAACACUCUCAGAAAUCCAAGCUCGGCUGGCUUAUGUCUCCUCGAUCGACAACCUCGAGCGCGCCAAAAACAUGCCCGGAUGUCUUUAUAUGCGCCCACCCAUCGAUCCAUAUGGGACAUUGGAUUUCGGCAAGUUCGACGAAAUCUACCAAGUUGGUUACAAGUUUGGCAAGGAGUACCUCGACACCCUGAGGAGUGAAGGUUCGCUCCCUAUUCCCGAGGAAACAGAGGAAAAGCGUAAGUUGCAGCGGACUAUGGCGCCUCGCCGCGCCAGUAUUUGA